AUGGGGCCAGCAACUGGGGCUGCUGAGAGCGAAGUGCCGUUGCAGGAGUUGCGUGUUGAUGGCAAUGGACACCUGGAGGCUGGCGUGGAGCCAGAACCUUGUCAUAACUGCAAGAAAAGUCAGACUGGACCAGUUGUGGUUGCACUGAUAGUUGUAUCAUCUGCUUUGAUCGCCGUCAUCAUUGCUCUGGGAGACGGCUGGAUCGGGUACCGAGGGAAAUGCUACUAUUUCUCCGAGACUGAAGGGAGCUGGACCUACGUUCAGAGACUCUGCUCCUCCUUUGGUGCCUCCUUGGCUGGGAUUGACAGUGAGCAGGAAUUGAUGUUCCUGCUGCGCCAUAAGGAUAUCCAUGAACACUGGAUCGGCCUCUGGAGGGAGCAGGGGCAGCCCUGGAAAUGGACCAACAGCACUGAAUUCAACGACCUGUUUCAGAUAAGAGGAGGUGGUGACUGCGCGUAUCUGAAUGACGAGAAAGGGGUCAGCAGCUCACGGUGCUACAUGGAAAGACGGUGGAUCUGUAGGCAAACCUGA